AUGAAACCACGAAGUACAAAUACAACAACAACAACAGCAAAGUCAGAUGAUCAUUGGAGAUCACUUAGAUCAUUCCAAGUUUUACAGUUGUCGAACGAUGAGUAUUUCAAUCAGUUGAUGCAACAGUGGAAUGAGAUAGGUCAUCGUGUACAACAUCUAACAAAACAAAUCAACGAGCAAAAGAAUGAUGUAAAUCUAAUCAAACUAAGUCUUUAUUAUGUUAAAGAGAAACAUUCUAAUGCUUCAACAACAACAACAACAUCAUCAAAUACAUCAUCUGCAAAGAAAUCAUCAUCAUCAUCAUCAUCAUCAUCUUCUUCAUCUUCAUCAUCUACACCAACAACUACAACGACAACAGUUGGCAAUUUAACAACAGCAGAGAAUAUAAGUAAGAGUUUCGAAAGUAUAAAACAAGCGAUAAUCAAUAACGAGAGGGAAUACCAGUCGUUGGUAGACGAUGAAUGUAAACUCAAUGAAAAGAUAAACAUGUACAUAGAAUCAAAAUUUGAAGAACGAAAGAAUGAGAAUAACAAUCCUUAUAUACUGGAGGAACUACGCUAUGCAUUCCUAUCGAUCAUAGAUUGUAAUAAACGUUCGCAGUAUAUAAGUAGUUCAUUGGAUUAUCAAGAUGAUAACAAUAGCAACAGUAAUAACAACGAUAGCCUUCAUUUCAACACAACAACAUCCAGUAGUAGUAGUACAACUGCUAAUAAUUAUUGUAGUCAUCAUGCAAGUCAUAACACAUAUAACAGCAAUAGCAACAACAACAAUAACAACAAUAGCAGUAAAUUCAAUAUAAACGAUUCAAACAACAAUUCAAAUUCACCACUCUCUUUUUACUCACUUUUGAACAUGCCAUCUAAACAACAAUAUAUUUUUACACAACCACUUGCAGCAAAUAAUAAACCAAAUCAAUGUACACAACCAUCGGUAGAAAAGAUAAAUAUUAAGGAUAAAUGUUUACAGCUUCAAUUAAGAUGGUCUUGUAGUUCGAAUGUUCAGGAGUUUUGUUUGGAGAUGAAAGGUCAAGAAAAUUACGAUGUCAUAUAUCGUGGUCAUAAUAGCUAUUUCACAACACAGCCAUUGGGUAUCGGUGAUUACUACUUUCGUGUACGUGCUACCAACCGUUUUGGUGUUGGUGCUUACAGUACUGAAUUCUUGUAUACCAUUAAAGAGCAACAUCUAACAAAUAACAGUAACAACAACAACAUAGCAAAUAGUAACAGUAGUACAGAGACAAACAACAACAAUAACAAUAGCAAUAAUAAUGAUUCAAAAGAAAAGAAAGAUACUAGCAGUAAUAAUAACAACAACAAUGGUAACAAUGGUAAUAAUAACAAUGGAAAUAAUAACCAAAAUAAUAGCAAUAGUAUUAGUAGUAAACAACAAAAGAAAGAGAAAGAAUUGGCAAGACAACAGUUGGAAGAACAGAAAAAGAUAAAGAAACGUGAGGAAUUAAUACAGGAAGUAAAUAGUUAUUUAAAUCAAUUUCAAAAUAUUAAUAAUAGUAAUAAUGGUAAUAAUAGUAAUGGUAAUGGUAAUAAUAAUAGUAAAUCAGUUGCGAUUAAUGAAGAGGUUGUUACGACAUUACAUGGAUAUCAACAGAGAUUACAAUCAACAGAUUUCAUUGCUAUGAAAGAGAGUAAGAGUUAUAUUGUGUUGUUGGAGAGGUUGGAAUCAACUAGUGGCGAGAUAAAAGAGUUGUUGGCCGCUCAAAAGUUAGUUAGCGACUGGCGUUCGCUGGUGAAGAAAUCGACCAGUGACUAUUUGAAUUCAUCGAGACAGGAUGCCGAUAACGAGCAGUUGGAAACCUUGAUUGGCGUUGUCGAUUCGAUACGCACUGAUUUGCCUGAGCAGGUAAAGUUGGUCAUCUAUCAGAACGUUGUGCAAUCGAUGAAGAAAAAGAUGAGUGGAAACGAUCUGAUAAAGACAAGAUCCAGCGUCAUCUUGGGAUUGUUUGCAAAGAGGACCGAUGUCUUUACGAGUGAAUGUUGUUCCGAGAUGGAAUCACUUGCCAAACAACUAAUGUCAAAGAUUAUCAAGAAGAAAACUAAAAAGGCAACGACAUCAACAUCAACGACAACAACAACAACAACAGCAGCUACAGCAACAGCAAGUGUUACACCAACUUUGGUAGCUACUACUACACCAACACCAGCAGUAAAUAAUAAUAUCAAUAGUGGUAACAAGAAAACUCAACAACCGCAACAACAGCACCCACAACAACAACAGCAACAGCAACAUCAACACCCAAAGAAAGAAAUGUCAACAACCCCACAGAAACUACAUAUAAAGACAACUCCAUUGAUAAAUGUAGAACAAAGACAACCGAAUCCAACAACUUCUUCUUCUUCUUCUCCUCCAUUGAUGAUGAUGAAUGGAAAUAGUCAUAGUAAUCAAAAUAACCAAAAGACAACAGUUAUAGCAACAGUUACAAGUCAACAACCUACAACUAGUUCAACACCAAUUACACUACAGACAGCACUACCACCACCAUCGUUAUUGCAACAAGAGAAUUUACAACCGACAAACAACAUUCCACAGUUACAAUCACAACAAAUCUAUACAAUACCUAUACAUCUUCAGCAUCAUCAUCACCAACAGCAGUUACACCAACAACAACAACAACCACCACCACCAUUUAUCACACAUUCAUCAUCUAUACCAAUCCAAUCACAACCCAUUAUGGUCAAUCAUCAUUUUCACAUUCAUCAUCCACCCAUCAUGCCACUUCCAAGUGGUUUCACCAGUAGCAGUAUGACAAAUCACUAUCCACAUCAAUCACAACAAGACUCCCUACUGAAACAGAUCUAUUUGUCAACAACUCCACCAAAUUAUGAUGAGAAACAUCUAGUCAAAGAGACUAGACAAAAGAAUAUGCCAACACCUGAUCAACUCAUUGUUUCACCACCCAAACAUAAUCUUCAUCGUACAAAUAACAAUAACAAUAACAACAGUAUCAACAACAACAACAACAACACAAACAACAAUACCUCAGAUCCAUUUAGCAAUAACAACAAUAACCUUUUUAACAGCAACACUACAACUAUCAACAAUAAACCAACAUUCAACAGUAACAACAACAAUAAUAAUUUAACACACAGUCCAUUCCAAUGGUCAGGAUUUCCAUCGAUUUUGACCAAUUUGACAUCACCGUUUGCCUAUCUCAAUCAAUCACCGACACCUUCAACCGAUAACUAUUUUAACAACAAUAACCAUAACACCGUCAAUAACCUCAAUCAACAACAAUCAUUAUUCUUUGACCCACAGCCUUUUAAUCAGGAUCAUCCACCAACGAUCGCUCAAAUGAAUGGAUCUUCAUCUCAACAACUUCAGGAUAUUCUAGCAUCACUCUCUCUUGACGACUAUGAUAUUUAG